UAACUCUAUCCUAGAUGACCCUAUACCAGUUUUAUCCAGCGUCGCCAUGUACCUUCGACGCCAUAACAGAUAUCAAGACGCCGUCCCCAUCAUGGAUGCCGCUGUUAAGUUAGCGGAUGCCACCUAUACUGGUAACAGCUCUGGGCGUUGUAGGUACGCUGCUCAUCUGAAUCAACUUGGGAAGCUUCACUUCGAACUGGGUAAUUUCUUGGAGGCAGAGAGGCUGGGGACAGUAGCCUUAGAGCUGAUUCGCAAUUUUUGCCACAGCAAAGUACAGAUAGCAGCAGGGUUUCAAAUACUUUCUCGGGCUAUGCAGUACCAAGAUAUCGGUCCUAUGCCGUACAAGAAGAAAGCGUACAUAGAGUACCUUCUACACGAGACUUUUAACAUAAAGCAGGACAUUUUAAAGGAUGUUUCUCCAGAGAUGACAGAUUACAGAAUGGACAUUGAAUUCCGCAUGUAUCUAGCAUGUCACAAUAUGGGGCAGUUCUAUCAGGACCUCGAAAGGUACGACCUUGCCUUGGACUACUUAUUACUUGCGAAGGAAAUAUGGAAGCCAUAUGAGAACGGCACAGCCCACUGGAGGGCCACGUGGCUGAUUAGCAUAGCUGCAGCUGAAACGACCAGAGCUAGAAAUUACCUCCUCCAGGACAAAAUCUGGCUGAACCCGUAUUUGCAAGGCUUUGUUUGGAGAAUCUUGGAAAGAGCAGUUGAAGUCAAAGGACGCCAUCUGGCAGAUUCCAACACCAGCCACCAACUUGGUUUAUAUUACCUGUGUAGGAUGGCCAAAAAGUUUCCAACUCGCACGCACACUAUGAGAGUUUCGGCACUCAAGUACCAAGAAGAGCUGAAGCGUGUUGACACCUCAGGCGUGUUCCAGAAAAUGUUAAAUACCGAAUUUACUCAGUUACACGAAGAGUUCCCGUCAGACGAUCUGGUGUGGAUGUGAGGAUAGUUGGAGCGGUGCUGGCAGACAGCCCAAAUAAUUCAAGUCAUUUCACUAAACUGUAUCUUCCUCGACAUCAAGAACGCCUGUCACAAAUCAAAGUGAAUCAGAUAGGCGCUUAAAAUACGCACAGUAAUAAUCACUGCGUAUACAUUUCCUACCAAGCUACCUAUCUUAUUUGUUUGAAUAAUUAAUUGUUAACGACCUUUAUUGUCAACGACAUUUUGUACUUUUGUAUGAACGCCCAUGGCGCACCUUUUAGUAAUAAUUCCUUUUGGGCUAGUGUAAUGUCAAUACUUGCCUUUUUGCCACAUGUAUAUAUUUUUCUAUAUAAAUCGGUGGUGGGUGUUUUUUUUUAGAAAUAAUUCCUUUGGGCUAGUGUAAUGUCAAUAAUUGGCGGGGAUGUGAGCUUCUCUCACAUCUUAUGGCCUUUUUUUUUCAUUUGAACCAACUUUUUGCUCCGAUAGCUUUGUGGUUUCUCAUAUUUUUCUUUUUAAUCUUGGUAGCACUUAUUAACUUACUUUAUUAUUUUUAUGUAGUUUGGUGGAUGUAUUAUUAUAUCCCCAGUUUUGUAACUUUGUGGCCUUUAUUUUUCAUUUGAGCCAACCUUUUGCUCCAAUAGCUCUUGUGUUUUUUUCAUAUUUUUCUUAAUUAAUCUUGUUUGCACUUAUUAACCUACUUUAUUUAUUUUAUAUUAUGGCAGUUAUAUAGUUUGGGGCGGGGGUGGUGGGGGUGAUUUUAUCCCCCCAGUUUUGUUACUUUGAAUGUUAUUAGUUUUCGUCAUUUAUAAAUUACAAUUUUCAGACAUAUGUACUUAUCUUAUUUACUUUUGAGGAAAAAACAGCUCUGUUGUGCUUGUGAACAUUUGGCUACGUAAAUGUUUUUUUUUUUAUAUAAAUUAGUGAUGUGUGGCUUUAAGAGGAUAUGUAGACUGUAGUAAUUUUUUACCAUUAUACUGUUUAUAAGCAUUGUAUAUUGAAUUUCAAUUAUAUGAAAUGCAAUCGAAUCUCCCUACGCC